UGUGUGAGCGGGCUCCCCGGGUGAUCACACACCGAGAAGCUGGACCAUUUAUGGCGGAGCGUUUUCGCCGAGCACCGAGUAGGAUAUCCCGCAGCGGUGGAGACACUUUAGGGGUGCUACGCGAACCGGGUACAACUCGCUAGAGUGAAAAAGAGGAGCAGAAUUUUGAACGCGUGGUUGUCACGAAAGUUCCACUCGGAUACAACGACGGCGCUCGCAGUGGAAUAUUGUUGUCUGCUGCUUCAAGACAUCUUGUUUGAGACUAGAGGCCAGUCAGCGGAAGGCCAGAUAUGAGCUCCAUUCAGGGAUGAGAUCCGUCUGCUAUCGCCCUGUCUCCAUUGGAAGGCCACGAGGAGUGCGCUGGACAACAGAGUGAGGGUGCAUGGUGUCGCUAACACCGUCUAGGCACCAUGGCUCUGGUCCAGGCGCGCCCCGUCUCUGACCAGCCCAACCCCGGUGUCGACGUCCAGCAGCACCAGUCAGCCUCUCAUUCCCCCCCGGCCUCCUGCAACUCCACCGCAGCUAUGGGUUCCGUGAGCAGUCUUAUAUCGGGCCGAACAUACCAAGAAAGGCACUGUCGAGCAGCCAGUGAAUUUUCGGCGAAGCCUCGCCGCUCCACGCCGGCCACCACCUGCUUCCGUCUCCAGGAUAAUACCCUCCGCAGUGCCAGCUCCUUGGAGCAACUGCUGGUGAUAUGCAACCAAACGCAGGAGAGCCAGAUCCAGGCCCAGGUUCUACCUCCGCCGCUGCCCACCAAGAAGCAACCUCGGCCAGGCAACUCGGCAACGAUGACCGGGGAAUGCAUAGCGACCGCCGGCGGGGUUGAUAGUAUCACGGGAUAUAUGAGCAGCCAGGUGGUUGUCGGAGACUGGAAUGACAACCUGGUCGUGGCACCUGUCAGUCCUUGCAGUGACUCAGAUGAGCAACGGGACAGUAGGACUCUAAAUGGAAAUAUAGGAGGACCACCCCCAAAACUAAUUCCUGUUUCCGGGCAGCUAGAAAAGAACAUGGAGAAAGUGCUGAUCCGUCCAACAGCGUUCAAGCCCGUAGUCUCCAAAAAUCGCCACUCGGUGCAUUACCUGUCACCGCGACCAGGAGGAUGCAGUCUGUCUGAAAGCCAGGGCAGCCUCAACCUCCUCUUGCCACUCACGGCUCCAACUGGCGGCGCUGAAGUGGCCGGCGGCAGUACCGGCUCUGCUUUGGAAGAAAAGCGCGACUCCUUCGGCGGAGGGCGACAUGCUCAGGGCAGCCGGUCCUGCUCAAUGUCGGACUCCGGGAGGAACUCCCUUUCCAGCCUGCCCACUCACAGCAGCACCGGCUACAGUUUGGCCCCCAGCGAGGGAUCGGGGUCCGGGUCGGCCAACGCGGAGCCAGGGCAGAUCUCGGUUAGAAACGCUUUGGGCGGAAUUGGUCACUCGGAUAGCGGACGUUCGUCGUCCAGUAAGAGCACCGGGUCGGGGUCGCUGAGCGGGCGGGGCCGGCCGCUGUCGGACAGCGGCUCCUGCGGCCGUUCCUCACCGCCCACUGAGGGUUACGAGGUGGUGGUGAGGGAUUUGGAGGAGAAGCUGAGGGAGCGUGAUGUGGAGCUUCAGCAUCUGCGGGAAAAUCUGGAUGAGAAUGAAGCCGCCAUCUGCCAGGUAUACGAGGAAAAGCAGCGCCGCUGUGAACGAGAAAUGGAGGAGCUGAGGCAGAACUGUGCUAGCAAAAUGAAGCAGGCCUCACACAAGGCACAAAGAGCGCAGCAGGUCUUACAGUUACAGGUAUUUCAACUACAACAAGAGAAGAAGAAACUACAGGAGGACUUCUCAUCCGUGCUGCAGGACAGAGAAUCUCUGGAGAGGAGGUGUGCCAGCAUCCAGCGUGAGCAGACGCAGUUGGGUCCAAGACUGGAGGAAACUAAGUGGGAGGUGUGCCAGAAAUCAGGAGAGAUCUCUCUGCUCAAGCAGCAGCUAAAGGAGAUCCAGUCGGAACUCAGCCAGAAGGCAGGCGACGUGGUGGUACUGAGGGCCCAGCUGAGAGAAGCCCGAUCGGAGCUGCAGGCCAGUCAGGCUCGUUCUCAGGAGGCCCAGGCCGCCCUGCGCACCCGAUCCCUAGAACUUGAGGUGUGCGAGAAUGAACUCCAGAGGAGGAAGAGCGAAGCCGAGCUGCUCCGCGAGAAACUGGCUCGCCUGGAGGACGACACCCUGCGCUUAAGGGAUUCCCUGACGCCAGUCGGCGGAAAAUGCACGAGCCUGAGCCUCCAUCAGGGUCGGGGAGUGCUUGCAAGGGGAGGACCCAGCCCCUGUUUGUACCGCAAUGUGGAAGACGAGUUGGGCAGAAAUUGGGCAGGAGAGAGCGACGAAGCCAAGGCACAGAGGCAGAAUGCCGAAACGCUGUUGGGGCUCAGACAACAGGUGGACAGGCUGAAGGGUGAGCUCAUGUAUGAGAGGAGGACAAGUGAGGAGCAGAUGUCGCGAUUCGAUGACGAAAGGAGGGUUUGGCAAGAGGAGAAAGAGAAGGUAAUCCGCUACCAGAAGCAGCUACAGCAGAACUACAUCCAAAUGUACCGACGGAAUCGCGAGCUGGAACGUGUGAUGAGGGAGCUGAGUCUUGAGCUGGAGAACAGGGACAUGGACGACUACGAGGUGCACAGCGGCAGCAACGACAUCCAUUUUGAGGAGAUCACCGCCACGGAGAUCUGAACAAGCCGUGUUUGCAAGGAAAAAAAAAACACGGCUGGCUUUACCUCUCGAGCAGCUCCCAAAGGUGUGUUCUUCCUCUACUGCUGCACUCUUCGUGAUCUUUCAUACAGUGUUUCACCUGCACUUUUUUUAAAGACUCCGACACUAUAGGGUCAGCACAAAAACGGUUUCUUCUGAAGAGCUGGGAAGUGUUCAAAUCAGGGUAGGAUUAUGGAUUGUUGCAAAAAAAAAAAAUCUACUAUGUGCACAUUUUCUUCCACAAAACAACAGGGCACAAGCAUGCAUGUCAUGUUAUGAUAACGCCCACACAUCUGCUACUUCAUGUUGUGUUGUGUAUUUUGGAUGGGAAUAUUAGACUAAGCAUGUCAAUAUAGUACCGCUCCAAUCCUACAGGGGUGAUAGCGAGUCACAACACAAACUAAUACAUUAGCCUACUUUCCUUAACUCAGUCAGGUUGCUUUUUGCGCUUUCAAAUUUCGCAAAACUGCGAAAAACGCUCCUGUUGAUAGGAGACUGUAGAAUCCAACGUUCUAAAUUACUGUGAACCGUACAAGAGAAACUAACGAUGCGUGAAAAUGUGUAAUGAUAUAGAGUUUUUUAAAAGUAUCUACACGUGAAUAUUUUGGCAAGUCCACAUGCUUUCAACGUGAUUCAAACACACUUUAAACAUAACGGCCAGCCUAUUAUGUCACUCUUUCAGUGCCAGUGACGUGUAAAUUAGUCAACUAGAAUCCAAAAAAUAGAGCACCAAUGACAACAUUUCCUGUCAUUUUUUUCCAUGGGUCUGCUUUCAGUGGAAUGGCUCACAUUUGUAAAGAGAUUAUUUUUGCCAUUCAAAGCACAUAGUGUUUUUGUUGCUGCUUUAUAGAAUGAAAAAAUUGUUCAGAUGUUUGUGUCAAUAAAACAUAGUUUGUAGUGUCAAAGUCACUGUUGUACUAAAAAUAUCUUUUCACAAAAAGCUUGUUGUUUUAAUUUUUUUGCGUCAAAAAAAAAUAGAGAGAAACUAAACAAACUUCUGCAUAAUACUAAAAACAAGUUAAUAUAGAAAGGAGUUUUUUGUGUGAGGAAACAUAGACUUCACUCUCAGUUGACGGGGCACGGGGCCUGUUUUCAUAAACUUAAAAUUCUAAUAUUUUCAAAACCAAAGCAGGCACCUCCCUUAGGCAUAUAUGAGUCUCCAUCAAAAAAUUCCCUAAUAAAAUCCUGAUGAAUUAUUUUUUAUAUAAGUACAACAAAACGUAAAAUGGCUAUAAAAUUCUCAGAUUUUACGCUAGAUGCACAAAAAUCACCAAAUGCAGAGAUAAUCACCUAUAUUUUCAGGAUCAAUAGCAAUAUUUAACAUAAAGGUUUUUGCCCAAAAUAGUAUUUUUUUAAUUUAGUGCAAUUUGACAUCAUUUUUCAACAGCUAAUAAAUCACUCAAUUUUAACAUUCAGAAACUUAAUACUUGAGGAAAGCAUGCAGAAUCAUCUUAAUUUUACUCAACAAAAGCAAAUUUUCAUUUUUCUAUAUACAAUCGAAACUUAUUUAGGUUGAAUUCCGAUGUCACUAUUGCCUCAGCACGUCUUGCUGGCCCUCAGGCCUUCGUCGUUUUUAGAUUGAAAUGUUACAUAAAAUAAAACACGUAAAAGCCCAAUUUUUUGUUUGGAGGCAAAAAUGUCAAAAUUACUAUUUUUUUUGCCAAAAUAACGGGCAGUUGGCCGAAAAUUACCUGAUUAUUUGAAUGUAAAGGUAAGCUGUUCUGUAUGGAUACAACAUCCAACAUGGCGGCCAUCACAAAACGAAGGGCUUUUUAAGUUGACAAUUCUUAUAAAUAAAUGUGUAAAUGCCAGAAUUCUUAUCGAUAUGAACGUAAAACAGUCCAGAUUCUUGGAUAAAAGCAAAAAAAAACAGGCAGUUAUCAUUCAUUUUACGUAAAUAUUUCAAGUUAAAGUUACGCUAAUUUAACGGUAAAAUAACGUUUCAAAGUGCAUCCACGGUGCUAUUUUAUAUAAUAAUUACCUUGAAUCCUCGACCAAAUCACUCCUGAGGCAUUCCUGCCUCCUUGUAUGCACAAAAAAAAAUCUUUGUCCUGCUUCCACCUAAAUCAGGUGAUAGAACGCAGCGUGUUUGAGUUAAUCGCAGUGAAAACUUCCAUGACGCCCUGAUCGACCCGGGAAGCUCUGGCGCAAUGUCUUUUGGAGCUUUCUUGUAAACUGAUAGUGAAGUCUAUGGAGAAAAGAAGAAAGUCUCAUAUUUAAUUUAAAAAAAUGCCCAGUGAAUGUUUAUGUUACAAAGCCAAUAAGUUCAAUAGAGAGGACUGGCACUGAAAGAGUUAAAGAGGGUAGAAAGCAAGUUGUUCUUUACUCAUCAGCUGCCAUAAAUGAUGAUAGACGUCAAUCCUUUUGAAGUGGGAGGGCUCGCAGCGAAUUAACAUUCGUUGUCACGUUAAGUCAGUUCUUGUGUAGUUUUUUCCCCUCAAAAUAUCAAAAAAUAACCCCCAAACUCACACCUAGAAACAUCAAAAACAACUAAGAAAUGAUUAUUCUUUUUGCUUUUCAUCUUGAAUCAAGCUCCUCCUUUUUUUAGGAGAAGGCCAGCUUGUUUUGCGCUGGCUUUAUUCCUCCAUUCACAUACAGAGUGAAGACGUCUGCGUAGGCCAGAUUUUCAUCCAAAUUCAUGAGAGCAAGUACAUCUUCAGUCUAUAACCUGCUUGUGCUAAAUGGCAUAAGUUUUGCCAAGGAGCUUUCUGGAGGUCUGCUUUCAUCUUGAGGCACAGUUGCCUGAAUGUCCUCAAUUGGCUGUUUUGGGGAGACAUGAGGCUUCUGGGUCAGGUGGGGCCAGGCCAUUCUGGGACUUUCUCUGACUUACUGGGGUGGAGUUAACAGACAAUCAUAUUAGUUGCCUUCUGCAAGUUGAACCUACUCAAUAUAAUGCAGUUGUAGACAUUGCGGCUUCAUCCCCAUUGAAGAUAUUGUAGCCAAAGGUUUUCUCAUGUGUUUGAAAAUCCAUAUAUUUGCUUCCCACUGUCAUGGUGACACAUACGUAUGUAAGUGUGUCCUUUAAAUGAAGGUGGCAGAUUUUAUAACCGCCGACAUUUAGGAAAUGCCGAGAUCUUCGUAGACGUCCUCGAUUUUGAGUAGGACAGGCUGCAUCUGUCAAGCUUGGUGAUGACUUUCAGGGUUCGCGUUGCCAUCAAUGAAAGUUGGGUCAGCACAUGAAUAUGUAUCCAGUCCCAAAAAUACCACAGGGUAGCCGCAGUGUCUAAAAAAGUCUAAAAAGGUCUAAAAAAUUUUUGGAUUUAAGGCCUUUAAAUGUCUAAUAUUCUCCUAAAAUCUCAUAAAAGGUCUUAAAUUCAAUUUGGAAGGGAAAUAUUGAUCUUACUUUUAUUUAGAACAUGAAGAAAUUUUUGUCUCGCUUUUAAAUGUUUCGAUUUUUGAGUAAGUACAAAGCGGAACUACCUGUGCUGGUCAGAAUUUAUCAAUCACAAGCAGGUUUUGCUGUGUGUGCGCAGUUGCGUGUUGACAGUUUAGUAAGCAUAGCAUAAAAAACUCGGCGGCAUUAGCACAUGUAUAGAAAACUAGAUGCGAAAUGACACACUCGCCGGCGUUAGUAAACAGCCAAUAUCUUAAAGCGGUAGACUUCUCUGGAAGGCUGUUGUAGCGAACCUUCCAAGUGAAUAUAAUUAACUUUUUAUGUAAAAUACUCCUAAAUCUUUAAAUGAUACGGUUUUAAAACUUUCACAUGUCAAAAGUAGACGGAAGGGAAAUUAUGGAAUAACUUUAACAGCUGAUUCACAACAUUAAAUUAAUUGAAUGUAGUUUAAAGCUGCUGAUCCAGAAUUUGGACUUGAGUAUUUUAUUUACUGUUGAACUGUUAACUUGAUACUGAAAUAGUAGUUUAUUUAAGCCUGAGAGUAUAUUUGUACAUUUUUUUAAACUAAUGUCCGAAAAAUUAAAAGCAGCUUAUAGCUUGGGGGUUGCAUCAAUAAUCGAUUUAUAAUCGAAUCGUAAUCGAAUCGUUAGGUGCCACAAGAUUCCCACCUGUACUUUGCAAGUAAUUCAGGGCCUCCAAUUUUCCUUCAAACUAGGGUUGUUCCGAUCAUGUUUUUUUGCUCCCGAUCCGAUCCCGAUCGUUUUAGUUUGAGUAUCUGCCGAUCCCGAUAUUUCCCGAUUCGAUUGCUUUUUUUUUUUUUUUUUUGCUCCCGAUUCAAUUCCAAUCAUUCCCGAUAAUUUUUCCCGAUCAUAUACAUUUUGGCAAUGCAUUAAGAAAAAAAUGAAUAAAACUCGGACGAAUAUAUACAUUCAACAUACAGUACAUAAGUACUGUAUUUGUUUAUUAUGACAAUAAAUCCUCAAGAUGGCAUUUACAUUAUUAACAUUCUUUCUGUGAGAGGGAUCCACGGAUAGAAAGACUUGUGACUUUGUAUAUUGUGACUAAAUAUUGCCAUCUAGUGUAUUUGUUGAGCUUUCAGUAAAUGAUACUGUCGCCAUUUAACUGUUCUGCCCAAAUGCAUGAUGGGAAGUGCAACCAUGACUGUGCGUAGUGGUACCAAUUGAUAUAUCUUCUCUGCGUUGGGAAAUAACAUAGGGUGUUAAGAAAAAGAUCAAUUACUAUCUUUCUUCCCCACAUUGCUUCCCACGAUAUUUCUAAUCGUACGGAGAGGGAUUGUAAGGCUUUAGCCAAUUAAAAAAAGGCUCCAAAGCCUGCCAAAAUUCACUCUACUCAUUUUACGCUGCCUUUUAGCUCCAUAUAUAGGUAAAACAGCGCCAUCACAGAUUGAACGCGACAAUGCGUGAGUGGGUCGUGCAGCGCAUUCGUUAAUUGCGUUAAAUAUUUUAACGUGAUAAAUUUUUUUUUAAAUUAAUCACCGCCGUUAACGGGAUAAAUUUUAUAACCCUACCUUAAGCCUAAACUAAAGACUCUGGAUGAGUGUAACAUAUUAUGUCUGUAACGUUAAAUACAAUUAGAAAACGAUUUAAUUAAAAAAAAUAUAUAUAUAUAUUAAAAAAAGGCAUGUCCGAUAUUUUUUUGCCGAUUCCGAUACUUUGAAAAUGACGUGAUCGGACCCGAUCGAUUGGGAUGCCGAUUGAUCUCUACUUCAAACCUUUUGUACGUUUUUUGCCGGUAUCCAUGUGAAAUGGGUCUUAAAUUGUAUUCAUUACGGUCUAAGAAAAAAAAAACCUUAAAUUUGGCUUGUAGAACCCUGCAGAGACCCUGUACCACCAAAUCUUCCAAAGGUUACUGAACUUUAAAUCGGGAAAGUGGCAGAAGUUAUCUGUACGGAAACUUCAACAUCGCCACCAUCUUCGUGUCCUGGAAUGUGUUUAGUGUCGAGAAGCUGUUCUUGGUCGCAAAGAGCCUUGCAAAGGUUGAGCGAAUCGGGGAGGCGCCCAGGUCCAAAUCCUCAGGAUCCGGUUCUCUGUAGGCUGUCCCUGGUCCAGUACUCCCCACAAACACUCUGGGAGGAACUGAACAGGACCGGACAUAAUUUAUGGGGCAUACAUAGUCUAGCAGGUAGGGGGGAAAUGCAAACUGCAACUGAAAAUAACAAACGUCCUCUCAAAGUACAUUUUUGAUAGUAAGGUGUUAGCUAGACCCUCCCACUUAAAAUCGAUUGGACAUCUAUGACAAACAUAUUGAAAUUUACAGCAGAAGGAUGAAACCAGCCACGUUUGGACAUCUAUCCCCGUCAAUGGCAGCGAGUGUGUUAAUUUGACCCUAAAUUUUUAAUCAUCUGCCAUUGAGAGAAAAUAAAGCGCGGCUGCAUUGAUGAUUCUCGCUUUCGGCAUCUGCCUUCCAUUCGCCGGUCUAUUUUUAGCUGCGUUCCAAAACUAAAAAUGGACUUUCUUAGUCUCUUCUUCUUUAGGCUGCUCUUUGAACUUGAGGUGCGCUUUUAUGCUCACUUUUUUUUUUAUUUGUUCCUACUAACGGGCUUUAUUUAGCUUCCAGCAGCCUGAAAAGUCACAAUAGUUUCAAUUUGACACAAAACAGACUUUAACUCUUAUUUUUCUUACCCAGCCUGAGAGAUUUUAAUUUUUAUAGACGAAAUAUAUAAGGAAAAGGAUAUCUAUAUCAUGAAGGUUGUGUAUUUUUAUAUAGAGAUAUGAAUAAAGCACCUACUCCUUUUUUUUUCUUGUUUUAUCAACACUAUCAGUGUGGGUUUAAAAUGCCAAUUCUAUUUGGCUAUUUGGGUUGUCACAAACAAUUAUUUUGAUAGUCGAUUCAUUGUUUUUGCGAUUAGUUGACUAAUUACUCUGGGCUUUAAUAAAAUUAGACGCUGAAAAAUGUUGAGUUUAAGUAACUACUAUGUACUGUAACUGUAUCGUAUGCCGUCAAUGGCAGCCAAAGAGUUCAAGCUUUUUGAGGUUACAAGAAAUUGAAAAAACAAAACAAAAUCAAAUAAAUACAUUUACCGGAAAUUGUCUUCUUUUGCAAAAAAUUAUUACUAUUGGUUUUAAUUCAUUUAAUGAAGAUUUUACAUGUAUAUGGCAGAAAACACUCAGGUGACUUGAAGUUCCGCUCUGAGACCCCAAUUUAGCCAACUUUCAAAAUUGUCCGAUAUACACGUGUGAUACAUCAUUGGAAAGCUUAAAAUCUCAAUUUUCUGGGGGGAGAAAAUUUUUGAACAGGAGGGCAUUUAAAAAAAAUAAAAUAAAAUAAAUAAAUAAAUAAAUAAACAGCAAAACCCCAUCUGGAGGUGAAAGCACACAAGAACGCAAGAGCAGAAUUACAGACGCCACGACUUUAACGAGAUAAUAUUGCGUACUUACCUUGUUUCGAUCCAAAAACUCCAUGUAGAAUGUAUCACUGAGUGUCAAGACACAGCUGUGAAGUGCCACAGCUGGAUUUUUGGGGGGAUUUUAUGGGUGAAACAUGGUAAUAUAACGAGGGUCGCGAUGCAGAAAUCACAGACAUCAAUGAGUGGUCAAGAUUUCCUUUUUCAUAUAUUUACCUUUUUAAAUGUUUUUUUUCCCCAAUUUUUCUUUGUUUGGAUCGAUUAUUUAUCAUCUAACAUAUCGGAAAAAAUGCGACUGAAAAAAAAAAUACAAUUAGGCGAUAGUUAUGAGGUAAAUAUCCGUGACUUUUUUACAGACUCCAUUUUUUUGAUUUGAUAAGCGUAAUUUGUUUUAAAAGUUUAAAAUAUGUGAGUGAAUAAUUUUUAAAGUCUUUUUUUUUAAUGAAAUGUUAGACAUCAAUUAAUGAUUCUAAGUGAAAAAUGAUAGGCAUUUUGAAUAAUAAAUAUAAUUAAUUACCUUCGCUUUAUGGCUGGUUUGAAACAAAAGUGGUUGCGCGACGUCUGUAAACGGGGGGUUUCAGGGUAAAACGGGCAAAUUAAUAGUUCAGGGCUUAAUGCGCCAUGAAUCUGCUACGGCAACAUAUAGACAUAUUGUUCUAUCAAACAACAGUUGUUUGGGCUUAAAAUACAGCAGUUUUUUUUUAAAGAGGAGUACAAGAGCAGAAACUGCUUUUUCAGUCUUGUCUAUGUUUUCCGAUAUAUAUUAUUUUUGCAAUUUGGAAUUUUUACUUUUUUUAUUACUCCUGGCUUUUUUUUUUAUUGCUAUUUCAAUCAAUCUUUUUCCCCCAAAAUGUAUCUUUCAGUUAGUUCAUUCAUUUUAUUCAAAAUUAUUUUUACAUUUUCUUUUAUUGCCUGUCACAAAAUACGUGCAGACAACACUGAUACUAUUAUAUGAUGUCAGAUGGGCCCGUAAAAUAUUGCACUAUGGACCGCAAUUGGCCCCUGGGCAGCAGGUUUAAGAUCACUGUCCUAUAUGAAUGUAUUAAAAAAAAAAAAAAGAAAAUAAAAUUGUGCAUGAAAGUGUUAAAUGGAUGAGUUUGUGAGCAAUACGUCAAUUACUGCUUGCAUUGAAGACUGCAGAGAAUAUGGUUUUUCCCAAUUUAUAUAUUUUUUUUUUAAUUAAAAGAAUAAUAGAAUAUUUAGUUGUUGUUUUUUUUUUCAAUUUACUUUAAAACGUAUGUCGACUAUUGUUUUCUUUUUCAAUUUAUUUUAAAACCUGAUAAUAAGGGAAAUUAUUAUUAUUAUUAUUAUUAUUUUAAUUUAAUAAAACAUACUAUUUACAUUUAACAAGCUCCUAAAAGAGGAUCCGGACAAUUUAUAGGUGAACAAUGUCGACUAUCAAAAUAGUUGUCAAUUAAUUUGACAAUCGAUUAGUUGAUUAAUGGUGGCAGUCCUAAUGUCUAAAGAUGUAAAACCUCAGAGGGUGAUUUAGAAAGAAAGCCCGCGAAAAUAAACCCCCCAAUAAAGAUUUUCAUUCUAAUUGGUAGUAUUAUAAAAUGCUUCCACCGGGGUUUCCGACUGUUCCUUGUGUUAUGAGUGUAAAUAUGUCAAAGACUUGACUGUAAAAGACAUGUGGGAUAUGGACAUUUCAAAUGUAGCCACUGUGACUCGAGACCAAAGUAACCCCAACUCAUAAUCUUUUUUUUUUUUUUUUUUUUUUUUUUUUAAUUAUCCUUUUUUACAUUUGCUUCUGUUACGUCACGUUCGAUUGACCAAAUCGACGUUGUUCAUGUAAAUGUGUACAUUUCUUGUAUAAAUGAUGUGUGUUGUUUUUUUCAGUAAAGAGUAAACUGUCA